AGACGAAUUUAAACUUCAAACUGUAUAUAUAGUAGUGGGAAGUUAUCCUCGUAGUUUUAGCAUCGGCCAUGGCCACCCACGCAGCUCUCGCAUCUUCAAGAAUCCCAGCGAACACCAGGCUUCCCUCCAAGCCCUCUCACUCUUUCCCCACUCAAUGCCUUUCAAAGAGGCUGGAAGUAGCAGAGUUCUCUGGGCUCCGGUCCAGUGGAUGCGUGCCCUACGCGAAGAAUGCUAGGGAUGCAUCCUUCUUUGAUGCAGUGGCUGCCCAACUUACAGCCAAGGCUGCAGGAUCAACCCCUGUUAAGGGAGAAACAGUGGCUAAAUUGAAGGUGGCAAUUAAUGGUUUUGGGCGCAUCGGCAGGAACUUCCUUAGGUGCUGGCACGGGCGGAAGAAUUCGCCACUUGAUGUUAUUGUGGUCAACGACAGCGGUGGUGUCAGGAAUGCAUCUCACUUGCUGAAGUAUGACUCAAUUCUUGGCACCUUCAAGGCUGAUGUGAAAAUUGUUGACGACAGUACCAUCAGUGUCGAUGGUAAACCUAUCAAAGUUGUCUCUAACAGGGACCCGCUGAAGCUCCCUUGGGCUGAAAUGGGGAUUGACAUUGUAAUUGAGGGAACUGGUGUAUUUGUGGAUGGUCCCGGGGCUGGGAAGCACAUCCAAGCUGGUGCCAAGAAAGUUGUCAUCACCGCUCCAGCAAAAGGUGCUGACAUUCCCACCUACGUUGUUGGAGUAAAUGAAGGAGACUACUCCCAUGAAGUUUCUAACAUUGUAAGCAAUGCCUCUUGCACUACAAACUGUUUGGCUCCUUUUGUGAAAGUCAUUGAUGAAGAAUUUGGUAUCGUCAAGGGAACCAUGACAACCACCCACUCGUACACUGGUGAUCAGAGGCUAUUGGAUGCUUCUCACAGGGACUUGAGGCGAGCCAGAGCUGCAGCACUUAACAUAGUCCCAACAAGCACCGGUGCAGCCAAGGCCGUGUCUCUAGUGCUUCCCCAGCUUAAGGGCAAGCUCAAUGGCAUUGCUCUCCGGGUGCCCACUCCUAAUGUAUCCGUUGUGGACCUAGUUGUGAAUGUCGCCAAGAAAGGAAUAACUGCUGAAGAUGUUAAUGCAGCCUUCAGAAAGACGGCUGAAGGGCCUCUGAAAGGCAUACUGUCCGUGUGUGAAAUUCCUCUGGUGUCGGUGGACUUCAGAUGCACCGAUGUCUCAUCCACCAUCGAUGCGUCUUUGACAAUGGUCAUGGGAGAUGACAUGGUCAAGGUGGUGGCCUGGUAUGACAAUGAAUGGGGAUACAGCCAAAGGGUUGUCGAUUUGGCGCAUCUGGUGGCGAGCAAGUGGCCGGGCAUGCCUGCCCCGGGAAGUGGAGAUCCAUUGGAGGACUUCUGCAAGACAAACCCUGCUGAUGAGGAGUGCAAGGUCUAUGAAUCUUAAGAAGUCCUCAAAUUUUUGUUCUUUUGGCUGGCUUGUCAACGUCAUUUUGGAGCCAAGAAUUUUCCUGCCUCAUUGCCAGGAGAUGCUUAUUUUGUGAUGACAAUUGGGAGAAGGGAAGCAGAAUUUAUAUAGUGAAAUGUUAAUAAAGCACCAUGUAGAUGCAAAUGCUGCUUCUGUUAUAUUUCUUUUUCUUCUUCUUCUUCCUGUCAAACCAACUCUACUGGUAUUCAUAUGGAAAUAUUCCUUACUGCAA